GACACUCGAGGAGGCACACGAGGCGGAAAAGUGGACGGGUGCCCCGCGCCACCGCCUCUCCCGAGGGCGCGUACUAACCAGGAUGUCAGACAAGCUCAAGGAACGCAAAAGAACCCCCGUUUCGCAUAAAGUGAUAGAAAAGCGGAGGAGGGACAGGAUCAAUCGCUGCUUGAAUGAGCUGGGCAAGACGGUGCCCAUGGCCCUGGCGAAGCAGAGUUCCGGGAAGCUGGAGAAGGCGGAGAUCCUCGAGAUGACCGUUCAGUACCUGAGAGCACUGCACUCCGCUGAUUUUCCCCGGGGAAGGGAAAAAGCAGAACUUUUAGCGGAGUUUGCCAACUACUUCCACUAUGGCUACCACGAGUGCAUGAAGAACCUGGUGCAUUACCUCACCACGGUGGAGCGGAUGGAGACCAAGGACACCAAGUACGCGCGCAUCCUUGCCUUCUUGCAGUCCAAGGCCCGCCUGGGCGCGGAGCCCGCCUUUCCGCCGCUGGGUUCGCUCCCGGAGCCGGAUUUUUCCUACCAGCUGCACCCUGCGAGGCCGGAGUUCGCUGGCCACAGCCCGGGCGAGGCCGCUGUGUUCCCGCAGGGCUCUGGGGCUGGGCCUUUCCCCUGGCCGCCUGGCGCGGCCCGCAGCCCCGCACUGCCCUACCUGCCCAGCGCGUCAGUGCAGCUCGCGAGCCCAGCGCAGCAGCACAGCCCCUUCCUGACGCCGGUGCAGGGCCUGGACCGGCAUUACCUCAACCUGAUCGGCCACGCGCACCCCAACGCCCUUAACCUGCACACGCCCCAGCACCCCCCGGUACUCUGACGCCCACCAGAUUUCUCUGCGCUU